UGCUCGACGGCGCUGAUGACCUCACGCAGUCACGUCGGCGAGCGGCGCGGCGGGGCCGGCGAUUGGCUGGCGGCUGCUCAGCGGCACUUCAAAGCCGGCGAGGGAGCUACAAUUGUGGUGGAAUGGGCGGAACUGAUCAUUGUAUUGCACACCUCUAAAAAAACACUGCCUCUGAUUUAUCAAUAUAAAAAAGAUCCUCUGAGAGGAGGGCACUUUUGUGUGAUGGCAACUUCACUUCUAGGGGAAGAGCCGCGGGUAGGCUCCACGCCGCUGGCCAUGCUCGCCGCGACCUGCAACAAGAUCGGCAGCCCCAGCCCCUCGCCGUCCUCGCUCUCGGACAGCGCGUCCUCCUUCGGCAAAGGCUUCCACCCCUGGAAACGCUCCUCCUCCGCGUCCUCGGCCGGCAGCUGCGGCGCCGUGGGCUCCGGCCUCCCGGGCUUCGGCGUCGCGGGCGCGGCGCGCAACGGCUCCUCGGCGGCGGCGGCGGCGGCGGCGGCGGCGGCGGCGGCCGCGCUGGUCUCGGACUCCUUCAGCUGCGGCGGCUCGCCGGGCUCCAGCGCCUUCUCGCUGACCUCCAGCAGCGCCGCGGCGGCGGCCGCCAGCUCGCCCUUCGCCAACGACUACCCCGUCUUCCAGGCGCCGGGCAGCGCCGGCGGCGGCGGCGGCGGCGGCGGCGGCGGCGGCGGCGGCGGGGCGGCGGGGCAGGAGGCGGCGGCGCACCAGCCCGUCUUCAUCUCCAAGGUGCACACGUCGGUGGAGGGGCUGCAGGGCAUCUACCCGCGGGUGGGCAUGGCGCACCCCUACGAGUCCUGGUUCAAGCCCUCGCACCCGGGGCUGGGCGCCGGCGAGGUGGGCUCGGCGGGCGCCUCCAGCUGGUGGGACGUGGGCGCCGGCUGGAUCGACGUGCAGAGCCCCAACGGGGCGGCGGCGCUGCCGGGCUCGCUGCACCCGGCCGCCGGGGGGCUGCAGACCUCGCUCCACUCGCCGCUGGGCGGCUACAACUCGGAUUACUCGGGCCUCGGCCACUCGGCCUUCAGCAGCGGCGCCUCCUCGCACCUCCUCAGCCCCGCCGGGCAGCACCUCAUGGACGGAUUCAAGCCGGUGCUGCCCGGCUCCUACCCGGACUCGGCCCCCUCGCCGCUGGCCGGCGCCGGGGGCUCCAUGCUGAGCGGCGGCCCCGCCGCGCCGCUGGCCGGCUCGCCGCGCUCCUCCGCCCGCCGCUACUCGGGCCGCGCCACCUGCGACUGCCCCAACUGCCAGGAGGCCGAGCGGCUGGGGCCGGCGGGGGCCAGCCUGCGGCGCAAGGGGCUGCACAGCUGCCACAUCCCCGGCUGCGGCAAGGUCUACGGCAAGACGUCGCACCUCAAGGCGCACCUGCGCUGGCACACGGGCGAGCGCCCCUUCGUCUGCAACUGGCUCUUCUGCGGCAAGCGCUUCACCCGCUCCGACGAGCUGCAGCGGCACCUGCGGACCCACACGGGCGAGAAGCGCUUCGCCUGCCCCGUCUGCAACAAGCGCUUCAUGCGCAGCGACCACCUCAGCAAGCACGUCAAGACCCACAGCGGCCCCGGCGGCGCGGGCGGCCCCGGCGGCGGCGGCCCCGGCGGCGGCCCCGGCCCCGGCGGCAAGAAGGGCAGCGACACCGACAGCGAGCACAGCGCGGCGGGCAGCCCGCCCUGCCCCUCGCCGGAGCUGCUGCCGCCGCCCGAGCCCGGCCACCGCAGCGGCCUGGAGUGACCGGCGGCCCCGCCGCCCCGCGCCCGCCGCCUCGGGAUAACCCUGGCGGGGACGCGGACGCGUAAGUAGCGCGCACUGCUUGCCGCGGGCGCUCGCUCAGCCCUCGGGGCUCCCCCACGCCGCGGAGCUGGCCCGGGCGCCGCACGCUGUGGGACGGGGCGCCGGGGCUGCGGGACCGGGCGGGACGGGGCGGCGGCCGGGAAGCGGCAGCGCGGCACCGAGGCGGCGGCCGCCGCCGGGGCUCCGCGGCAGCGAGACGGGGCGGCUCCGCCGCCGGCGCCCGCGGGCUCCGCCGUGCAGCGCCGCCCCCCCCCGCUUCGCUUUCGGAGCAUCCCGAUCCCUUCCCCCCCCCCCCCGCCCGCUUUUUUUUUAAUUUAAAGAAGAAAAAAAAAAUCCGUUCUCACUUUCCUAGUGGAAACGCUCCUGCCCCCCCAGCCGCGCCGGGCGCCAACACCCCCCCGGUGCCUCUCGGAGCGGCGGCCGGGCCGCCGGGUGCGAGCCGGGCCGCGCUGCCCCGCGGCGGGGGGGCCGCGGGUCGCAGCCCCCGACGGCAGCGCCCGCCAGCCGCAAUUGUCAUUCCUGAAACAGCGCCGAGGCUGAAAUUCAGAGCUGCCCUAAUCUCGUUAAUUGUUAAAAGCCCUUCUCCUCCCGGGGACCAGAGUGACAGUGUAUUUGUCCUGCUUCUCUCUCCGCUUCCCCUCCCCUUUUUUUUUAAACAAUUCGUUUUCCUCCCCGAGCCCAGAUUUCAUUAUGUUUGCCACCGCGUUUGUAUAAUUCCCGAUUCUGCAGGCUCGUGAAAUACACUGGAAAUAAUUAGUUUCAAAGUCCUAUAUUUUUAAAUUCCGAGCAAAUGAAGAAGCACGGAUGGUUUCAAGCGAAGCUGUAGAUCGAAUGCCAAAAAGAGGGAGCUUGGGGGAGGGGGUAUAGGAAAAUAAAAUAUUUGUAAAAUACAUCUGAACCUAUAGGUUUGUACAACUGGGGAAUCGUUCUAGAUUAGCUAACAAUUAAAUAUAACUCCACCAAUGUAUCGGUGUGAGGUGCAGUUGUCCAGGAGACGAUUUUGUAUAGUAUUUUUCUUGUAAAUUACUUCCAGUAAAUAUUUGAAAAUAUAUUGAAGUACACUUGAGCUUUUUUUUAAUUUUUAUUUUUUUCCUGUCACGAUAAAGCGUUAUUGUUGCAGUCCUGGUUAACUGCAUUUUUUUCUGGACUUGUUUCUUGAAGUGUACACCAAAUCGCACUUCAGGAUAUAGGUUUUGCUUGAAUAUUAAUUUAGAUAGGCAUACAACUGUAAUUAAGCAAACAAUAUUUGAUAAAUGUUGAAUGACAUUUAAUUUAAUGGAGCAUGUACUUAUUUGCAUUUGCUGGCAGUUCAGGUAUAGUUACAGUGAGAGUUCUCCUAUAUUUCAUAAAGUGGGUUUGCUACGACCCAUGUAUUAAAUAAACUGUCCAAGUGAAACUGAACUAACGUUGGCCUAUGUGUAUUUCCUGAAAAUAAUGUUGAUAAAUGUUAAUAAACACUCCUGACACUACAUUAGCAGUUUGCAAUGCUGCAAACUAAUUGUCUCAUUGUAAUGUUGAAAUAAUUUGGAUAUUUCACAUUGAAAUGGAAAGCCCUUCGCUGGAACAUUUUAGAUUUGCAUUUUAAAUGCAUGAAAUGUAAUUGAUUUUUACCUGUAUUUUAAAUGGUAUUAAUAAACUCCAGAUAAAACAUUCUA